AUGUUUUCAUCAUCCAUCGAUGAUCACUUGUUCCAGGAGGUGCCCCGAAACUCCUCUCAGCUGCAGUGCACUCCUCAAACUCGACCAAGUCUCAGCAUUCCAAAUUCAAGAGCGCCCCCUCCAGGAAUCCUUGAUAUGUCAUUCAACAGGCGCUCUCUAGAUUGGUCCGAACUGCAACAAUUUUCGCCUCAUUGGACUCUCAGCGACCAACAGAGCAAUCUUCCACCCACGGCCAGCCGCUCGCCUGGAGAUAUCCAUAGCCAACUUUCGGAUUGGAAUUUUCCUUCUCAGCCGCCCGUCCCUCCGCGUCUGGUGCUAUGGGGUCCGUUCAACAAAAUUGAGCAAAGUCAUUUUCACCAAUCAGCCUUCUCUUCCGAAGCCUAUCCGCAUCAUCCUCCAUCGGCUUCACACCCCCUAACCCCACCACCUCACGGCAGCAAAACUCCAAAGCGCGGAAGACAAGGCUGCUUCCCCUCAGCAUGCCCUCCAUUAGUUACCCCGCCGAUGCCCUCCAAACGACCUCGGACGGCAGAAAAGGAAGCCUAUGAAUUUCCACCACCACCGAGAUAUACAACCUAUCAUCUAUCGGCAUAUCCUACUCCCAUGGCCUCUCCCAGCAGCCAAAACUCGACGUUUUACGACAAUCACUCGAUGGCAGAGGAAUCUCUUAGUAUAUCGCCCUUCUCGUCAAGAUUUGAAAGUUUCCCACAAGCCUCACCGGCAGACCUCGAAAGAUCCUACCAUCAAGCCCCUACAUCAGCCCACUCCGAUUUUCCGUAUGCUCAGCUAUCGCCCUCCUCGUCCUCAACAUACAACUAUGGAUACUAUCCUGAUUCACCCAUCUCCCCCACAACACCACUUUCAUCGCCGCCGCUCUGGGAAAAUUCUUCCCCCUUUUCCACCUCUACAACUAGAUGUCAUCAGCUAAAUUUCCAGAACCCUCAAUAUCCCAAUGUAUGGUCCCUAGAAUGGCAUCAAAGGUUCAAUCAGUUCAGAUACCAAAAUUGA